AUGCCCGCUAUCAUUCUGACUGGAGCCUCGCGAGGAAUUGGACUCGCCAUUGCCAAGAUCCUCCUCUCCAAGAACCAAAAAGUGCUGGGAGUGUCUCGAUCCGAGGGACCUCUCAAGGAGCUCAAGGAGGCCCACCCUGGCCAGUUUGACUACGUCUGCGGCGACAUCACCUCCGGGACCACCUCCGACAAGGCCAUUGAGGCCGCCAAGAAGCUUGGCAACGGCAUUUCCGGUAUUGUUCUCAACGCAGGCAUCCUCGAGCCUGUGGCCAAGGUUGCUGACGCUAACAUUGCUGACUGGCGCAACAUUUACGAGGUCAACGUCUUUGCCGUGGUUGAUCUAGUGAGCAAGGCUGUUCCCGAGCUGCGAAAGACCCACGGCAAGUGCGUCUUUGUCUCGUCUGGUGCUUCUACCGGCAACUACGUGGGCUGGGCCGCCUACGGUUCCACCAAGGCUGCUCUCAACCACUUUGCCGCCUCUCUGGCCGUCGAGGAGCCCGAAAUCUUCUCUGUCUCCAUCGCUCCCGGUGUCGUCGACACCAACAUGCAGGUCAACAUCCGAGAGAAGCACUCUGGUGGCAUGGACCCUGCUGUUCACCAGUCGUUUGUGGACCGACACUCCAACAAGGAGCUCCUCGCUCCCGAGACUCCCGGAACCGUCAUUGCCAACCUGGCCAUCGAGGGUGGCUCCAAGGACAUUGACGGCAAGUACCUCCGAUGGAACGAUGAUGUGUUGGCGAAGUAUCAGUAA